AUGAUUUCAGGAUUCUUUGGAGCUGUCCUCGGGAUCUUCGAAAGUGGCCUCUUUCCCGGCAUUGUCAUGUACUUUUCCAGCAUGUAUACACGCGGAGAACUUGCUGUCGGAAUUGGUGUCUUCUACAAGGGAGGCUCAUUAUCGGGCGCUUUUCGCGGGCUGCUUGCUCGUGGGCUGUCGGCCAUUGGCCCUCGCGCCAAUUGGAAUCGUGCUCUCGAGCGCGAAGAGCUGUUUCAGUGGUCUGAAGUCCUCCGUGGCAUCUUCAACGUUCAAAUCUGGGUCAACAGCACCUCUUACUUUGCCAUUGUUAGCGGGCUCUAUUCACUCGGCCUGUUUCUCCCCACAAUUGUCAAAGAGAUCGGAAUCACAGGCGAUGCUAACCAGGUCCAGCUUUGGUCGGUGAUUCCCUUUGCAAUAGCGGCUCCUAUGCUCAUGGGGACUGAUGGCGAUCGUGUUGGGAUUCGAGGCGUCAUUAUGCUCUGCGUCAUUCCCAUUGCGAUUGCGGGCUAUGCAGUGAUUGCCAACGUCAAGCAACCAGAGACACGCUUCGCCAUGACAUGCUUGAUGGCUCUGGGCAUGGUUCUGGCCAACGUUUUCUGGUGUGCCAAGAUCAACCACGACAAGGCGCGAGGCAAAUAUAACGAGUACACCGGCUCUGGAAUGACAGGGGUCCCAAGUUUAAAAUGGUUCUAUUGA